CGCAGGCUGUCUUUAACACCGCUUUUGGCUUGUCAUCUGACUUGGACUCAACACACACAGCAGGCGCAAAGCACUCAGACAGGGCCACAUCUGUUCCCCUGCCAUAGAUGCUGCGUACAAGAAGUAUAUUUUGCUAACCAGACAUAAUGGAUUUUAACGUCAGAAAAAUGGCCUCGGAUGCAGGUGUAUUUUUCACACGGGCUGUGCAGUUCACGGAGGAAAAGCUGGGACAGGCAGAAAAGACAGAGCUGGAUGCUUACUUUGAAAACCUUCUCAGCCGAGCAGACUGCACCAAAAACUGGACUGAGAAAAUAUUUAGACAGACAGAGGUGCUUCUGCAGCCCAACCCAAGCGCAAGGAUUGAGGAGUUCCUCUAUGAGAAGCUGGACAGGAAGGCACCGUCCAGAUUAACCAAUGCAGAGCUGCUGGGUCAUUACAUGUUGGAUGCAGCCAAAGACUUCGGUCCAGGAACACCAUAUGGAAGCACCCUGAUCAAGGUGGGAGACUGUGAGCGACGUCUUGGAGGGGCAGAGAGAGAGUUCCUCCAGACCUCUGCCAUCAGCUUCCUCACCCCUCUCCGGAACUUCCUGGAGGGAGACUGGAGGACCAUCUCAAAAGAGAGGCGUCUACUGGAGAACCGGCGCCUGGACCUGGAUGUGUGUAAAGCUCGACUGAAGAAGGCCAAAACGGCAGAGGCCAAGGCAGCAUGUGAGGGGGAAGCUGUGCCUGAUUUUCAGGACACCAGAACACGAAACUAUGUCCUGUCUGCCAGUGCCUCUGCGCUCUGGAGUGAGGAAGUGGAAAAAGCGGAGCACGACCUCCGAGUGGCCCAGACGGAGUUCGACCGCCAGGCGGAGGUGACGCGUCUGCUGCUGGAGGGCAUCAGCAGCACUCACGUGAAUCACCUGCGCUGCCUGCACGAGUUUGUGGAGGCUCAGGCAGCCUACUAUAAGCAGUGCCACCUGCACAUGCUUGACCUGCAGAAGGAGCUGAGCAGGUUCCCGAACGCGUUCGCAGCAAACUCCGGCCACCCCGUGUCGCCGGCCGGGCCUCCCCUGGACGCUGUCGGCGCCCUGGACGCUGGCGGCGCGGCGGCGGAGGUGGACACGCUGAAGAUCGAGGAGGUCCAGGCCCCCGCGACGGGCACCCGCAAGGCCAAGGUGCUGUACGACUACGACGCCGCCGACACUAGCGAGCUGUCCCUGCUUGCUGAUGAGCUCAUCACCGUUUACACAGUUCCAGGCAUGGAUUCUGAUUGGCUCAUCGGAGAGCGCGGGAACCUGAAAGGGAAAGUGCCUGUGACAUACCUGGAGCUUCUCAGUUAGAGGAGUCAUGCUUGAAUACACACACGCGCGCACACACACACACACACACACACACACACACACACAACCCUAAACACACUUGCCUUUCAACAUGCUGAUAUUUAUGACCAAACACUUCCAAGUAUGUGUAGUGCUCCUAAUGACGGCCUGCACACUUAUGUGAAUUUGAAGGCAGCUGCACAACAUUAAUUAUGGAGAAAAAGUUGACUAACAAGGGCAACAUGGUGGAAACUUGUGAUGCAAGUUGUUUACAUAUUAAAAUUUCCUGUCAUAUUUAUUUUCUUUAUUCUUAUGAAAAACUGUAGGAAACAGUAAAAGGAAGUGAGAGUAGUAAUUAGAGGGAUAAAGAACAUGGGUUAAGAUUGAUGGUAUAGCGUCAUACAAGUUGACAACUAAGAAACACCUGUUCUUCCCACUUUGAUUUUCCACUCCACCGCUCUACGCAAACAUGUUUCUGAAAGGCCACAUACAUUCCAAAAAGCACUCUACGCAAGCAUGGGGGUUUCCAUUUAUCUUUGUGUGGGCAACAUUCCUAUGUUGUAAAUGUUCUUGUCCCUAACCUUUAGAGAAAACUGACACUGCCCAUACAAUUCGAGUUUGGAAAUGUAACAAACACACAGCUCAAAUAUGAACCUCUCCCCCCUCAAAUAUGAAUUGCCUUAAGAUGGGGGUACACUCGCUAUGGCUAUCUACUAAUCCAGAGAAUGUCAUCUCCAUAACACUCACUCUCAGGCCUGUUGGUCAAACACAGCUUUUGAACAAGCUUGACACACUUCAGUAUGCAUGACGUACUCUUAUCAUUUAUAUGAUAUAAAGUGUGUUAGUUUUGCUCUUUGGAAUUUCAUUGUAUGUCGUCUGGCCUCUUUUUUUGUCGGUUUUAAAACAAAGUGUUUGAAAAGUUGUUGUGUCCUUUGUGUAAUGAGGUUGCAGAACCAGCCCAGGCUGCUGCAUGUGCUCCUGCCAGUGAUUUCUAUGAAUGCUUUUAAUAGCAAACAGGCUGUUUUAGAUCAGAAAUAUAACGCAAUUAUUAUUUUUAUUGCCAAUCUUUUUGUACCAAAAUAUUUGCACAAGCAAAGUAUGUUCACUACCACACCGUACAAACUGUACCUGUGCAUGCACUCCUAAGAUUUUAACUAUUGCUGCUGUGUUACUGUUUCGUUAUUAGUCUUCUAUUAUUUCUUAUUUGCUUUGACCUGUCUAUUUAUUGCCUGUUCCUAAGCCAUGUUGAAUGACUGAAAAUGUAUUUGGUUUAAUAAAAAUUAAGCUUUAUUGGGA